AUGGCGAGAGAGGCAUCGUCACUAAAGGCAAAGCACGUUGAUGUUCACCUACUGUCGGUCAAAGACCUUGGCCGCGUCAGCAAGUUUCUAGGCACGCUUAAUGGUGACGGAGGCUACAAUCUCGAUCAGGAGGAGGCGAUUGGCGAUCUCCUGCGUACCAACGGACUUAUGGAUGCAAGCUCGGUGCGCGCGUUGAUUGGUGACGACUGCUAUGAAGAGAAUCUUGACGGAGUAGCGAUGCUUGGAGCGUCGAACAAGCGGUCUGGCCCAACGAUAUGCGAGUUCCAGUCACUCGUGGGCAGCUUGCUAUGGGUUGCGCGCUGCAAAAUGCAGGAAAUCGCCUUUGCGGGCACAGUGAGCUUGAAGGUCACGAUGUCGCCGGCGCAAAACCGUGACCAAAAAGUGUCUCGACGGGAAGCGUUUAGCGACGCUGAUUCUGCGGUCGAUAAGGCCGUGUUGUGGGAUAAAGCCGGGGGAGACAGGAAGUCGAUGACCGGCAGCGUGCUGCGCCUUCACGGCAUGGCAGUGAGUUGA